AUGGAGAGGAGACCGCUGCUGCCGCAUGAAGCGGACUCUCGUAGAUCCCUAAAGAUGCGCAUGCUGGGGCUCGCGUCCUUAUCCAGGUGUAUUGCACAACAACAUGCACGGGUGCUGUUCUUGCGUGAAGGGGAUGCAAACAUGAAAUUUUACCACCUGCAGGCAUGUCAUAGGAACCGCAGAAAUCGCAUUGACAGCCUUGAGGUGCAAGGGGUGCAGCUGGUUCAUGACGAAGGAAAGGAUUUGGCACUAUAUGACUACUUCAACGGCAUCAUGGGCACAAAUUUUGAGCGCUCAAGACGCUUCGACUUCCAUGCACUUGGUCUGCCUGUGGAGGAUCUCCAUGACUUAGAGCUGCUGUUCUCGGAGGAUGUAGUUUGGGCUGCCAUACAGCAGAUGCCUAGCGACAAAGCACCAGGCCUUGAUGGUUUCACGGGCUUAUUCUACAAGCGCUGCUGGUACAUAAUGAAGGUAGACAUCAUGCACGCUGCAGAAUCCAAUGGCCUGCUAGCGCUGAUCCCAGCUGCCGAGGGCUUCUGGGUGAGCAUGUAUGCGGAUGAUGUGGUAGUCUUCGUCACGCAAUUGGAGGCCAACCUACACACGAUUAAGGCUAUCCUCGAGGUCUUUGGGUGUGCUUCAGGCUUGUUUUCCAGCCUGGAGAAAAGUGUAGUGACCCCAAUGCACUGCACUGAGUCGGACAUGCUACGUGUGCAGGAGAUUCUCGCUUGCGGGGUGGCCGAAUUCCCUAUUCAUUACUUGGGGAUUCCGCUAUCCGUCUACAAGCUGAAGUGCGCUGAUGAGCAACCUCUUGUUGACAAGGUUGCGGUGCGCCUGCCCACUUGGAAAGGAGGUCUCCUCAACAUAGUUGGGCGCACGACAUUCUUCAAGGCAACGCUAUCUGCUAUUCCAGUUCACACUACCAUCGCGCUGGUACUCUCGCCUUGGGCGAUCCAGGCAAUCGAUAAGCUCAGGCAUGGUUUCAUCUAG